UGCUUCCGGUUCCUGCAAAAGGGAAGUGGACCUUUCACGUCCGGUUCGCGUUUCCCGAAAGAAGGGAAAGCAUGGAGGCGAAAGUUGGUGUUCGUUCCGGCAGGAUGCCGACUCGAAAAAGACCUCGGGUGGGAGAGGAUCGGCUUGAAGCGACGGUUGCUUCUGAAGAGGACGCCCGCCGAGCUCACCACUUGGCUCUCCUGGCGGAAAAGCCGGCCUCGGAGCAUGGCCUGGAGGAGCUGGUCUUCGGCGGGCUGGAGGAAGACGAGGGUCUGCUGCGGCGGUUUCAAACCUUGUGCGCCCAGGGUGGUGAUGUGUUGAACAGUAACUUUGAAGAAGAAUCUGGCGAUUCUGAAGUGGAGAAUGAUGCAGAAGACAACUUUCUUCCACUGAAAAAGCCAGCAUGGGUAGAUGAAGAUGACGAAACUGAAGAAAUAAUUGACAUGAUGCACCGGCAUCGGAAAAAUAUGAUGAAAAGUGAUGCAGAAAAUAAGCUUUCAAAAACAAAACUUCAGAGAAGAUUUCAAGAAGAAUUUCAAGGUGCUAUGGGAACAACACCUUCUUGGGCACUGAGAGGCAUGGGGAAAAAAACCAAAAGGAAAACCUCACAUGAAGGUGACACUGAGGAUGAAGAGGAGGAGGAUCUGUUGCACAAGACAGGCAAUUUUGUGAUCAUGUCAGACUCUUUACCAAAAGGCAUUUUACAGAUGAAAAAUUGUUUGCACGCCAAUAAUGAACGUGUAUCAGAUGCCAAAUUAACAACUGUUCAGUUUCAUCCUACUGCUCAAGUUGUUAUGACAGCUGGGCAUGAUCGAUCUAUAUCACUAUUCCAGGUGGAUGGUAUCACAAAUCCACAGAUACAGAGCAUUCACUUGGAAGACUUUCCAAUUUACAAGGCACGUUUCAGUGCAGAAGGAGAACAGGUUAUAGCUACUAGCAUUCAUAACAAGCUAUUUUAUAUAUACGACAUGAUGGAAGGAAAAAUUAUUCCUAUAAAUCAUAUCAGAGGCUUAGAGGAGAAGAUCGUCAAAAAAUUUGAAGUAUCUCCAGAUGGAACAUUCCUGCUGCUUACUGGAACAUCAGGUUAUCUUCAUUUGAUUACAAUGAAGACAAAAGAAUUUGUUGGAAGCAUGAAAAUAAAUGGAAGGGCUAUUGCAUCAUCAUUCUCUCCAGAUGGCAGCAGAAUCUACACAUAUUCUGAUGAGGGUGAAGUUUUCAUAUGGGAUGUGAAAAGCAGGCGGUGUGUGAACAAGUUUACUGAUGAAGGUUGUCUGCAUGGUACUUCUAUUGCAAUCUCUAAAAACAGCCAAUAUAUUGCAUGUGGUUCUAAUUCUGGAGUUGUGAACGUGUAUGCCCAUGAUGAUUGUAUCAGAGAAACAUUUCCUAAGCCUCUUAAGGCUAUAAUGAACUUAGUCACACCUGCUACAUCGUUAGUAUUCAACCCAACCACUGAAAUACUAGCAAUGGCUUCUAAUAGAAUGGAUGAUGCAUUGAAACUGGUCCAUAUUCCUUCAUUUACAGUAUUCUCAAAUUUUCCUGUGUUCAGGAGAAAGUUGUUAUAUUUAGCUUACUGUAUGGAUUUCUCACCAAGAAGUGGAUAUUUUUCCAUAGCAAACAACAAAGGCAAAGCUUUAUUGUAUAGGUUGAAACACUACUCUGAUUUCUAAAACGAUUACUUUAAAAUUAGAUCAUGCAACUUCUGGUUGUAAGAAAAUAGAUUUGAAAACCAGUAUUUCGUCACCAAUAAAUAUUUUUAUAAUUUA